GGCUUUAUUCACGUCCUUUGGCUAAGUGGAGUUGCCAAGGAAGUCUGGUAACGGGUGUCUCACUGUUUCUGGUUCUAGUGGCCUCUGCUGUUCUGUUUUAGUUACUCUGGAAACGUGCUGCUGAAAUUUCCUUCAUGGGGUUUAACGUUUGACAGGCCAUUCCCAUUUACCCACACGUUUUUUCAUUUGCUUUUCUCUUCCACUCUUUCCUUGGUGUUCUUCAUAUUCUUCAGAGUUCUUCAAUUUGGUCCUCGGAAAGAAAAAUAAAAUAUUCUGUGCUUUUCCAUGGCUUCAUGUGGCAUAGGAGCUCCAAAUAUUAAAGUUCCAAAGUUGAGCUUUGGAAAAGCAAGAGUUGAUAAUUCAAAACUGAAUAAUGUAAGAAUAUGGACAAGGAAAAGAACAAUGCAAUAUGCUGGCCUGGUUAGACGCUCAGAAAAGACAUUCAACAUUGGUUGUGGUCCAACUUUGCAAACCCUGGCUACUACAAAUUUAGCAGAUGAUUUUGAAGAGACUAAAAUGUCUGGUUUGACUAGCCAGCUUAUUCCAAAUUCAUCUGGGGUGGAAUCUCUGGUAAGAGAUAUAUGCGAUACGACUUCAGUUGCAGAGUUUGAACUAAAACUUGGUGGAUUUCGGCUAUAUAUAAUGAGGGACUUAGCAGGAAAAAGUGAACCUCCACCUGCCAUACCAAGUCCCCCUCCUGUCAGUGUUAGCACCAGUAAAACUGUUGAAGCACCUGACUCAAAUGGGUCUGUUUCUACACCUACUUUAGCUAUCACCAAACCACUUUCUUCUUCUGGGAGAAUCCAAUUGUUACUUGAUAAAGCUGCAGAUGAAGGUUUGGUGAUACUUCAGUCUCCAAAGGUAGGUUUUUUCAGGAGAUCUCGAACCAUAAAGGGGAAGCGUGCUCCACCAUCGUGUAAAGAGAAACAAACAGUGAAGGAGGGCCAAGUGCUUUGCUACAUUGAACAACUAGGUGGUGAAAUUCCAAUUGAGUCUGACGUAUCUGGGGAGGUCAUCAAAAUUCUAAGAGACGAUGGUGAUCCAGUAGGAUAUGGUGACGCACUUAUUGCACUUCUCCCUUCUUUCCCCGGGAUAAAGAAGCUCCAGUAGAUUUUAUGGUUGUGCUUAUAGUUUGUGACAGAUGUAUGCUUUGUGUUAUUAACCAUUAUUACUGGAACGAAUACACAUGCCUCCGGCAUUGCAGUACUUGAGGCUUCUAUGCAAAUUUAGUGUUGAUAAAAAUUCAUAGUCUUGGAACUGCUUUGAAGUAAUUGGAAAUUGCAACUCGAGAACUUCUAUGACAAUCUGCUUUUGGAUUUUCA